AUAUACCUUACAGAGGAGGCAAAGGUGACCUGGAGUGGUCUGUAACCACCGGGGAAGCCUAGUUCCAAAGGAUGAGCUGCUUCAAAACUUUUACAGAUCUUGAGGAGUCAUUUACUCGCCCAAACCAUUGAUGGAAACACAUGCAAGGACAGUCAUCAAUGCAAGACUAUUCAUGUAUGUCCAGUGUGUGUGUGUGUGUGUCUCUGUAAUAUAUCCGGUCACUGUAGAGGCCAGGGGGCUUCUUCUGUCCAGGAAGCUGUGCUAUGCCAUGGGAGGCGUGCCAUAUCAGAUUACUACUGUUGACAUGGGCUUGGCUUUACAGAUGUUCCUGCUGGAUGUUCUACAGGUCAGUAAUGUUACUCAUUGCCUGCAUGCCAGUCAGUCAGUCAACUCCACUGUCGUCUGUCUGUCUGUAAUCUCUCUGGCCUGGAGUCCUUUCUGUCCCUGGCUCUUUUGCAGAUUGAGGCCUUCUAUGUUUCUCUGAUCCUUCAAGAGGAACUGACCCAUCCCUACCUUCAGGCUAGUGAGCCUCAGCGGUUUGACACCCAUUGGCAAACUCAUGCCAUGGGUGGUUGUCUCCAUGCCUUUUGGGGUCUUCUCCUAUGUCCUGCUGUAGUUCAUGUCUCAAGCCUUCAGUGUUCCCUGGUACCUCACAGCAAACUGCCUGUUUGAGACCAUCAUGACAUCCAGCCUGUUAUCUACUCUUCCUUCACAUAUAUGUAUUAAUGUGCCUUCCCUUUCGCUGAACAUGAGACAGAGACUCUGCACAGCCUACAGGAUGAGUGUGGAGAAGCUGGCAAUGCUGGUGGCCUCUGUGAUUCAGGGUCAGGUUGAGGCUGUAUUCUACACAGAGAAGGCUGGGGCAUGUCAGCAGUUGGACCAGAGCCAGGAGCUGCCUCACAACACCCCUUCACCACAAACCGAUGUCUUUGGGGAACUUUGCACUGUUCUGUACCCAUGCAGCUGGGCUUGGGUCCCAGUUCCAGCCCCUUCCGUCUCUGCUGGUAGGGCUGGUCUUCUUCCACCUGUACCCCAUCAACAAGGAACAACGCCUCCAGCUCCAGAGAGAGCAAGGCAGAGAGUGAGUCAUGCACACUCUUGGCUCUCCUAAGAGGCUGCUUUAGUGCUCCUACUCUGACAAUAGCUUCCUGUCUAAAUCCAACAUACUGCCUCACACCUUCACUUACACAUACCUGAGUUUAUGCUUCUUCUCAAACAUCCUGCCGCACACUUCCUCUCUUAUUGAUGUUUUGUAUUUGCAUGACAUUAAAUAUGUGUAGCCCUAGGCCACUAACUGUUCUUGUUUUCCCUUCAACUGAUAGAGGAGAUAGGAUCAACACGCAGUCGUCAGUCAAGACGCCAACCACCUUUUUAUUUAAUUUAGCCUUUACUUAUCUAGGCAAGUCAGUUAAGAACAAAUUCUUAUUUACAAUGCCGGCCAAACCCGGAUGACGCUGGGCCAAUUGUGUGCCACCCUAUGGGACGCCCAAUCAC